AUGGAGGCGCCGGCCCCCGCGCCCCGGGGUCGCAGUGCCCCCGACGACGCGUCGUGCGCGUCCAAGUCGCAGGCGUCCAUCGACCUCAGCGAGCUCUUCAACCCGAGCGCGCUGACGCGCCUCCUCAGGCAGCUGAACGACCAGAUCGACGGCCAGCGCGACCAGAUCGUGUUCCUCGAGGAGCAGUCCAUCGCCAACGCGGCCUUCCGGGAGAUGUGGGCCCAGGACCGCGCCGAGUUCCGCGCGGCCCUCGCCGUGGCGACGGAGGAGAACAACAAGAAGAUCAACGAGGCCAUCGGCGCGGCGGCCGCAUCCGUCUCCGACCUGAGGAAGACGUACAACGAGGAGCGCGCGUUCCGGCGCAUCUGCCACUUCGCGGCGCACCGCACGGAGAUCAUGCAGCGGGAGAAGUGGGAGACCUGGGCCCGCGCCUGCCGCGAGAUGCGGCUCUGGGACAAGCGGCGCGCCGUCUUGAUCCGCAUGGGCAACAUGAACGAGAAGCGGCACCAGACCUUCGGGAUGACGCGCUGGAGGGAGCAGACGGCGCGCGCGCGGGACGCGGCGACGAUGCACAACGGGGCGAACGCGCUCAUCGACGCGCUGUACGUCAAGCGGGCCGUGCGGCGGAGCUUCCGCCACUGGGUCGAGUGCGUCUUGCUGGAACAAAUUUCCGACGCGUUCGGCGGCGUCGAGAUCGUCACGUCGGCGCACCACGAGCAGGUGCUCUCCGUCGCCGAGGCGGCGGCGAAGCCCUACGUCGGCCGCGCGGCGGCGGCGGCGGCGGCGGGCAACUUCGGCGAGGCCUUCAAGCAGGCGCACCUCGGGACGAUGCAGGUCGUCAAGGUCAUGUCGUCCGAGCAGGACAUGGCGCGCCAGCGCGACCGCGAGGCCCUGGAGGGCGAGUGCGAGAACAUCCGCAAGGCCCUGGCCACCGUGUCCGCCGCGGCGGAGGAGAAGCGCGCCCUCGAGGCGAAGAAGGCCCUCGACCGCGGCAACGAGCGCUUGGACAAGCAGCUCGCGACGACGCGGCGCCAGAUCGACGGCAAGAUCACGGAGCGCAUCACGGAAGCGCUGGCGCAGGUGGAGGCGAACGCCGCGGGCCACGCGGAGCGCGCCGAGGCGCGCGCCAAGGCCGCGGACCAGCGCGUCGCGGCGAAGCUCCAGGCCGCGGACGACAGGGCCAUGGCCGCGGCGCACGACGUCGAGGCGCUCGUCCACGGCUGCGAGGCCCAGGUCGACGCCGUGGACGCGAAGGUGCUCGAGGUCAACGACUACGUCGCCUACGUGGAGCGGAGCCUGCGCACCGUCUACGAGGACCUGCGGAAGCACAACCUCUGGGAGACGAUGCGGCGGCGCGACGCGGACGACGCGGGGCAGGUCUUCGUGAGGGCCGCGUUGGGUCUCACGGUGCAGGCGGCGACGCGGCGCGACAACGACGAGAACCUCGCCUUCAUGGCCGAGGUGCGCGCGGCCGAGGAUUCGCUGGCGCGGUUGAUGGGCCAGUCGGCCAAGCAGAUGUCGCGCGCGCAGACGCUGGUCUCCGAGGCGAAGCGGAACCUCGCCGUCGAGCAGCAGAUCCGCGGCGUCUACGAGGACGCGGCGCCGAGCUCGCCCGGGUCCGUGCCGCAGAACGUGCACCACCACCACCACCACCCGGCCCAGAAGCACUUCCACAAGGCGCCCAGCAACGUGGGCAUCGCGCUGAAGAAGCUGCGCCUGAAGCCCUCGGAAUUAGCCAGGGCCGUCGCCGACGGCGACGACGUCUUGACCAACAAGGCCGACCUGAUCCCCGUGCCCUCGGGCGACGACCUCGACGCGGCCAAGGACUACGACCCGUCCAUCACGGCGCUGCGGGACGUCGAGGCCUUUUUUUGCCACGCGGCGCGCGUGCCCGACUUUGCCCAACGCGUCGCGGCGCUCGAGUUCCGCGACGUCGCGGCCCAGAAGCUCGGCGACGUGCUCGACGCCUGCGGCGCCGUCGCGGCGGCGGCGGCGGCGGCGCGCGAGAGCGACGCCGUGCGGCUCGCGCUGGCGGCGGCGCUCGCCGUCGGGAACUACCUCAACGGCGGCUCCGCGCGGGGCGAGGCCGGCGGCUUCGACCUGGACGGCGUCGCCAAGCUCGCGACGACGAAGGGCGCCGACGGCACGACCCUGGCCAUGCACGUCGUCGCGGGCGUCGACCGGCGCGACUCGGGCGCCGUCGCGCGCCUGGCGGCGCUGGAGCCCGCGCUCGACGCGGCCGCGCGCGCGCGGUCGUUCCCGGCCGUCGACGCGGACCUCGGCGCCUGGCUCGCGUCGAAGCGGGCGCUCGACGGCCUGCUCCAGCGCGACUCGGCCGCGGGCCGCGCGGCCUUCGGCGAGCGCCUCGGCGGCUUCGCGGCGGCGCUCGCGGCCGACGCGGAAUCGGCCGAGGCCGCGCGCGCGGACGCGGAAGCCGCUCUCGACGCGGCGCGCGCGGCCUUCGGCGACGACUCCAAGCAGCCCUUCGACCUCUUCCGCAAGCUGCUCACGCUCGUGCGCACGCUCAAGACGGCCCACGAGGCGAACCGGCGCCGCGCGAAGCCCAAGGCCGACGCCAAGGGCGGCGACCUCUUCGACGCGUUCUCCAAGACGCAGGACGACGCGAGUUCGCUCAUCGACGAGUUCAAGCGCCGCUGCGAGGAGCGGAGCGCGUCCCGGGACGGGUCCCGGGACGCGAGCGCCUUCGCGACGUCGCGGAGCGCGGCCGUGAUCUGCGCGACGGCCGCCGCCUUGGCGUCGGCGGACGGCGCCGGGGACGUCGCCGCGCGCGCGGCGUCGACGCAAGCCAUGCGCGCGGCGCUCGUCGCCGCGCGCGACGUCGUCGCCGCCGAGGACGCGAAGAAGAAGGCCGAGCGCGCGGAGAAGAAGCGCGCCGCCGCCGACGCCGCCGCGGGAACGCCCGCGCCGAAGGCCUCGAAGGCCGUCGACAAGGACUGGACGCCCGACCCGGACUCCUGGCGCGACGCGCUCUCCGCCGGCGACGUCGUCGACGCGAAGGUCUUCGGCGUCUGGAUGGGCGCGACGGUCGACGUGGCGAACUUCAACCAGCUCGUCAUCCGCGCGACGAUGAACGGCGAGACGCAGCAGAUCCAGAUCCCGCGCGCGUCCGAGGGCCUCGCGCGCGCGGGCACCAAGGCCGCGCUCUAG